UGGACCGGCGAUCAGUCCGGCGAUCAUCCAUUGCAAACCAGACGCUUACCACUGGAAACUCCGCAUGAAAGUAGAUACUCGGUAGACGGGAGUCUUCGUACAUACAAUAUUGACGAUGGACUCACUGUCUGCCCUCGCGGCGAUCUUGCGCAAUAGUAUGCUGUCUCACAUGUCAAUCCAUCAGCUGAUUUCUUUCAUUGAACUGUCCUCUAACCUGAAACACAGCAUUGAACUUUACCAGCCACUGAAGGAGACAUCAGACGAUACAUCAAGUCCUCUUGUUUUACCAGAAUCCAUCGCUCUUUUCCUAUCGCGUGCAACGAAAAUUCCACUGGAGCUCAUUGGGGAGUGCUGGUAUGCCUUGAGAGAUAUUGUUUGGACCACAGGACCAGAUAGACAGUGCCAGGAUUGCGCAGCAGAGGCUUUUAGAGUCCAUGGGUGGGACCUUGGCAUCAUGUCUCUUGCCCUGUACCCACCCUCGAAGUACUAUACAAACUCUGAUUGCCCGAAGACUGCUAUGCUGAAGCGGGCAGAGCCCAGACAAAUCAUAAUUCAUACACUUGAUCAAGGCACUCUACCUGCAUGGGCCGUUCACUUGAGCUGCGAGAAAUGUCAUCGCCACUAUCAUUACAACUAUGUUGUGCAUAGUAGCGCUCAGCAUCGCACAUAUUAUCCAGGUGUCCCAGACUACCUUCAAGUGGCGGAACAUCAGUUUGUCGACAUCCGUCUUGUGAAGCUCUGGACCAAUCAGCAUUUGUUAGGCUCGUGUUCUGCUACGAACUGUGCCCGCAUCUACAUGCUUUCUCUUGCCAGCGUCUCUCGGGAAGCCUUUGAUAAGAUCGUGUGGCCCUUCAAGCCCCAACUCAGCACUGAAAAUGUCUGGGAUGCAUUUGUGCUCCUUGUGCUGCUCCAGGACUAUGAUGAACAUACAAGGAACGAGCGCAUCAUGCAUAUUGGGCAACCUGAAAUUAACCAUAUCUGUGAUGGGUGCAUGCGUGUUUAUGAAGUCAAACACUCAGAUGGGAAGAUUUCGCAUGAAAAAUGCCAGCCAAUUGUCAGUAAUGGAAUUACUCUAGGCCACGCAUGUUGUGGUGUCUUUUGGUGCACACAGCCUCUACAAAAUAACCAUGACCGCUUCUGUGCCGAACAUCGUGGUUUGCAUAACACAUGCGCUAUCACUGGGUGCGAUCACCCAAUCAGACAUAAUGAUGCGAAGACAUGCGACAAUUGUGACCACCAGCAAAUGGAGCAACUCCACUAUGCAAAAGCAACUUCUGCCUUUGCAUUGUCUGAGCGGCUGCUCUGCUACCGAGUGGCAUAUCCAGAUGAUGCUUUGGGCACAGAAGCUCCAGAUGUGACAACUGCCGACUUGCCAGAUGCAAGCGUGAGCCUGGGUCCAGUGGCGGUUGAAGAGAACAUCGAGUGGUACACAGUCAAGGAUGGUCAAGUGUCUUAUUGGUUUGAGAAGAACCCUGGCUCUGUCAGAGUACUUGAAGAAGGGGAUGAGGGACUUGGUGAUAUAGCUCUGGCUAGCUCAGAGCCAUGCAAUGUGAAGUCUGAUGCAGGCAAUAGAAAAUUCUGUGCGCAGUUUGGACGACGGAGAACUCAUAAUGAGCAAACUGCUGUUCGCACAUGUGGGGUCAUUGUGGGACAAGUGACGCUGAAUGGAGCAGAAGCUGUGUCUAAUGUCCUUGACUUUAUAAAGACAAUCUUCUCCGUGCAGGGUGCUCAUAAGCCAGAGCAUUUUAUUUACGACACUGCAUGUGAUGCCAAGCAACAAGUGGAUGCCCAAGGGGACGAGUGGUGGGCCGAUGUCAAGAUGUGCGUCGACGUGUGGCAUUUCAAGAAAAAGCACAAGACAAAGCAUGACUACUGCCAACGCUACUGCAACCCGGCUGACUUCCCUGAGCUUUUGAAUGCAGAUGGGACGGGUUGGUGGUUCAACAUGUCAGUUGCCGAGCAAAUAAAUGUUUGGCUUGGUAGCUAUCAUGCAAUCUGCAGGGAGAUGCUUUCCACAAAGUAUAAUUUCUUCUUGGACGAAAUGAUCCACCUUCAUAAUAUUUUUACUGUUCAAAGCCUUCAGCUUAGGGCCUUAAACCCACGUCCUGCCUGCACCUGCCUGCGGUCGUGA